GUUUUUUCAUGCGCUUCUCGACGGAGCGGAGGUCGGUCGGCGUUAAAGAUUGUCUUUUCGAUUCGUUAGUGCAAAAUGAGCGGAAUGAUUCGACUUCCGACGGUGCUGGCCAAAAACGCUCUUUCUGCGGUACGUGGAUUGAGCGUCGGAACCUCGCAACGAAACCUUCACUUCACCGUGGGACAGAACAACGCCAAAUCGAAUCCGAAUGCCAUCUCGGGAGAGUACCCCGUGGUGGACCACACGUACGAUGCAGUCGUGGUUGGCGCAGGAGGUGCGGGGCUACGGGCUGCUUUCGGACUCGUAGCGGAAGGAUUCAAGACGGCCGUCAUUACGAAGCUGUUCCCGACACGUUCGCACACGGUGGCGGCCCAGGGGGGCAUUAAUGCGGCCCUCGGUAACAUGGAGGAGGACGACUGGAAGUGGCAUAUGUACGACACUGUGAAGGGUUCGGAUUGGUUGGGCGAUCAGGACGCUAUCCACUACAUGACUCGCGAAGCACCCAAGGCGGUAAUUGAGCUGGAGAACUACGGUAUGCCGUUUUCUCGAACGCCCGACGGAAAAAUCUAUCAGCGCGCAUUCGGUGGACAGAGCUUGAAGUUCGGCAAGGGUGGACAGGCUCAUCGCUGCUGCUGUGUGGCAGAUCGUACCGGACACUCCCUGCUCCACACCCUGUACGGUCAGUCGUUGAGUUACGAUUGCAAUUACUUCAUCGAGUACUUCGCCAUGGACCUGCUGAUGCAAAAUGGUGAGUGUGUCGGCGUGAUUGCCAUGAACCUGGAGGAUGGAAGUAUUCAUCGGUUCCGGGCAAAGAACACGGUGCUGGCAACGGGUGGGUAUGGACGAGCCUACUUCUCGUGUACCUCGGCCCACACUUGUACCGGUGACGGAACGGCGAUGGUAGCCCGCGCCGGUCUACCGUCGGAAGAUUUGGAGUUCGUGCAGUUUCAUCCGACCGGCAUCUACGGCGCCGGUUGUCUUAUCACGGAAGGGUGUCGCGGAGAAGGUGGUUAUCUAAUCAACUCACAGGGCGAACGGUUCAUGGAACGUUACGCGCCAGUGGCCAAGGAUUUGGCAUCACGUGAUGUGGUUUCGCGAUCGAUGACGAUCGAAAUCCGCGAAGGCCGCGGUUGUGGACCGGAGAAGGAUCAUGUUUACCUGCAGCUGCACCAUCUGCCUCCGGAGCAGUUGGCUCAGCGCCUGCCUGGAAUUUCCGAAACGGCCAUGAUCUUUGCCGGUGUCGACGUGACGCGUGAACCGAUUCCUGUACUGCCGACCGUGCAUUAUAACAUGGGAGGUGUUCCGACUAACUACAAGGGCCAGGUGCUGACAACGGAAAAUGGCACCGAUAAGGUCGUGCCCGGGCUUUACGCUUGCGGCGAAUCUGCCUGCUCGUCGGUGCACGGUGCCAACCGGCUUGGUGCUAAUUCGCUUCUCGAUCUGGUCGUGUUUGGUCGCGCGUGCGCCAAAACGAUCGCGCAGGAGAAUCGACCGGGCGAAAAGGUGCAGGAGCUUAAACCGAAUGCCGGUGAAGAAUCAGUGGCCAAUCUCGACUGGGUGCGCAAUGCGAAUGGAGCCGUUCCGACGUCCACGUUGAGGCUCAACAUGCAAAAGACCAUGCAAACGCAUGCGGCCGUGUUCCGCGAGGAGAAAACGCUUCAGGAAGGUGUGCGCAAGAUGAGCGACAUCUACAAGACCAUCAAGGAUGUGAAAGUUUCUGACCGUUCCUUGGUGUGGAACUCGGAUCUGGUUGAAACCCUCGAGCUGCAGAAUCUGUUGCUGAAUGCCAACAUGACGAUCGUUGCCGCAGAAAAUCGUAAAGAAUCCCGUGGCGCCCAUGCUCGUGAGGACUAUAAGGCGCGCAGCGAUGAAUAUGACUAUAGCAAACCAAUCGAGGGGCAACAUAAGCGGCCGGUGGAGGAGCACUGGCGCAAGCACACGCUGAUAUGGAUCGAUCCGGCGACUGGCGACGUGACAAUCGAUUACCGACCAGUCAUUGACGAAACGCUGAGCGAAGAGUGCUCUACUGUCCCACCAGCUAUCCGGUCCUAUUAAGUUGCACUCGCAAGAAGUUGCUGUCCCUGCCGCAGCAUUGUGAUCUAUUUUCGGGACCGUAACAACAACCCAAACAAGGUCCGUCUCUGAGAAUGAGAUGCAGGGUGGCAAUCGAAAGUAUUAUUGACACUUAACAGCACAGCGGAAGAUCACACCAGCACUGCUUAUUUAUUUCAUCAUAAAUGCUGACAUUUUGUUAAGAAAGCCAAAAAAUUGAUGGUGCAACGGUGGAGAUACAGUAAGCGAUGGUAUGUUAAUGUUUGAAUCGCAUGCCUUACAUUGUAACCAUUCUGGUGCACGAAUGGUCAUCGAUACUACACAACACACGUGCCACCAUAUGAAGCAGUCAACCUUUCGACCAUCCUAGUGAACGAAACCCAGCGAACGAUGCGCCGAUACUUUCGACGACGAGAAUUAUGAUAAGGCAGGGCCGGUAUUCGACGAGUGAGAAUUACGGAAGAGAGAGAGACAGAGUUAAAACAUGUAUUCUGAUUUGUAAUAUUUAUAAAAAACGAUUUGUUUAGGUAGAAAAUCAGAAAAACAAAAACAAUACAAGAACAACGAGUGGUUUGAGUAAAUUUGUGUACUUCACUAUUUUGUAGUUGUAGAUUGUGUUUCUACAAGAAAAUUAAAAUCGAUAAUAAAUUAAACCAAAAGUA